AUGAUUGAUCGUAUAAGAUUGUAUAAGAUCGAACAAAAUCAUGACUUAAAUGAUGUGUUAAGAAAAUUUGUCGAGGAAUACUCAGAAGAUAUAUUUAGAGGAAUACCUAUGCAUCGGAGGUCAACAACAGUAAUUGGUACUAUAAGAAAAUCAACAAGAAAGGAUCCUGAUAGAUCAUGUCGAGUAGCUUGCCAAGAUGCUUUGAUCUCCCAUAGAUUCUAUUUGGUAAACGGAGAAGACGGAUGGUUUCCAUUUGGAACUGACUGCUCUAAGGGGAUGCCAGCUAAUAAGAAAGCUUAUUGCGUCAGCGGUAAUCUAAGCUCAAAUGGUUUAAACCAGUUCAACAUUGAUUUAAACAACCCAGUACACAUCAGCAUAGGCUCAGAAGAAGACUUCCAUCCGCACGUUUCCUUUACAAGCAGUGAUGAAUAUGUAAACUAUGCUUGA